CAUCCCUCUGUUUAGUCCGCCACCACCCAUCUCCAUACCGUUCCCGUUCUCAUGCUCCACCACCCUCCAAAAUGACAGACCUAACCCCAACUCUGCACGAGCUCCUAAAAAGCAAACCCAAUGCCCCGCGCCUCUCGAACAGGCAUCAUCACCUCUCCACCGAGACGGCGGACGAGUUCCUCAAAGAAGCCUACCGGAUCAACAACCACAUAACCUCCCUCCUCCACUACCUCCACCGCAUCCGCCCAUCCUACCUCUCCAUCACCAACCACAACCACAACACCAACAAACCCAAACCCACCAGCCCCUCGACCGCCUCACCCACCGUCCCCCUCCCCACCCACCCCGCGAAAGACCUCACCGAAACCGACCGCACCGAAAUCGACACCUCAACCUCCCACCUCCUCCGCCAACUCUCCACCUCCAUCUCCACGCUCGCCUCCGCCGAGACCCUGCGCCACGAGACGCGGGCGCAGCUCCUCCGGAAAAAAUACGGGAGUCGCAUGGGGAUUCUGGGCCGGUGGGCGGCUGGCGGUGAUGAGCUGCAAACCCGCGCGGUGACCCCGGAGCAACGGGCCGAGGAGGCGGCCGAGGAGAACACGAAGCAGCUCCGCGCGGCGGUGCUGUGGUUCCUGCAGCGGAAGUUGGAGGCGGUGGUGGAGGUGCAGCGUGGGAUGGUGGAGAAGAGAUUGGAGAGGGUUAGGGAACGGGAGAGGAGUGUGCUUUAUCUGUCGCAGCAGCAGCAGCAGUUACAACAACUAGCCAGAGAGCAGGGGGUGCGGGGAGAGCAGCAGAGUCAAGGGUCGGGACAAGGUGCAGGUGCGGCCGAUAGGAUGCUGCCGCCCGGGGAAACGCAGGGCCAGCGGUUAGAAGAGACCGAACUCCACGCCAUCGAGGCGCAGCUCUCGCCGGAGCAGUUGCAGCUCUUUGCGGAGGAGAAUGAUGCCAUGGUCAAGUAUUAUGAGGAUACGUUGAGUAAGGUCCGGUAUGUUGCCUUCCCCUUUCGUUCCCCUUGCGGAGCUUCUCGGGGAACCGCCGAGAAAUCUCUCCUGGAGAUCUCCUCCCUCCAACAGACCCUCGUGGCCCAUCUGUCCACGCAGGAGGAAUACAUCAGCCAACUGGUUACGGACGCGAGCAAUACGCAUUCCAACAUCGGGCAAGGAAACAAGGAGCUCAAGCGCGCGAGCGAGCGGCGGAGUACCGCGCAGGCGGUGUUUUGGGGCACCGUCGGACUGUGUACGUGGUUGGUGGUGUGGGAUCUGGUCUUCUAGACUUACCGUCAAGUCAAGGGUGGAAGGCAAACUGUACACUGUACACUGUAAAUCCCAGCAACACAUUCUAAUCUUUUGCUUCUUUGCG